UAGCUGGAAGCCCGGUUUCUCCCGGAAGUGGCCCGGGCCAGGGCGUCGGGGUCCCCACCACCCCGCUGCUGCUGAAGGCCGCGGGGGCGGCGGCGAUGGCGGAGGCGGCGGCGGAGCGGGACCCUCCGGAGAGGCUGGCUCUCUGGGAUCCGAGACCCGACACCACGGCGCCGCUGACCGACAGGCAGACGGACUCGGUGCUGGAGCUGAAGGCAGCGGCGGAGAACCUGCCCGUGCCGGCCGAGCUCCCAAUAGAAGACUUGUGCAGUUUAACAUCCCAGUCACUGCCCAUUGCACAGACUUCAAUAGUACCUGAAUCUACAGAAGACAUUCUCUUGAAUGGUUUUAUUUCAUUAGAAAUGAAAGAAGCAAAGAUCGAAACUGCACAGCAGUUUUUCUCAUGGUUUGCAAAGCUACAAACUCAGAUGGAUCAGGAUGAAGAAACUAAAUAUAGACAGAUGAGGGAUUACUUGUCUGGGUUUCAGGAGCAGUGUGAUGCUAUAUUGAAUGAUGUAAACAGCGCUCUUCAACAUCUGGAAUCAUUGCAGAAACAGUAUCUUUUUGUGUCCAAUAAGACAGGAACCUUACAUGAAGCCUGUGAACAACUCUUAAAAGAACAGUCGGAACUUGUUGAUCUGGCUGAAAACAUUCAACAGAAGCUUUCCUAUUUUAAUGAAUUGGAAACUAUUAACACAAAAUUGAAUUCUCCUGCAUUGUCUGUGAAUAGUGAAGGAUUUAUACCUAUGCUGGCCAAGUUAGAUGAUUGUAUAACAUAUAUCUCAUCUCAUCCGAAUUUUAAAGAUUAUCCUGUAUAUUUACUGAAGUUUAAGCAAUGUCUUUCCAAAGCUUUGCACCUCAUGAAGACAUACACUGUGAACACACUACAGAACCUCACAAAUCAGUUAUUAAGAAGGGAUCCUUCAUCUGUACCUAAUGCAGAUAAUGCCUUCACACUAUUUUAUGUGAAAUUUCGAACUGCUGCCCCCAAAGUCAGAACUCUUAUUGAACAAAUAGAACAGCGAUCUGAAAAAAUACCUGAAUACCAACAACUGCUAAACGACAUUCACCAGUGUUACCUUGAUCAGCGGGAGCUCCUUUUAGGCCCUAGUAUUACUUGUACUGUAACAGAGUUAACCAGCCAGAAUAACAGAGAUCAUUGUGCCUUGAUUCGCAGUGGCUGUGCCUUUAUGGUCCAUGUGUGCCAGGAUGAGCACCAACUUUACAAUGAAUUUUUCACAAAACCAACAUCAAAAUUAGAUGAACUUUUGGAGAAACUGUGUGUGUCAUUGUAUGAUGUCUUCAGGCCAUUGAUCAUUCAUGUUAUUCACUUAGAGACACUUUCGGAACUCUGUGGGAUUCUUAAAAAUGAGGUGCUUGAAGAUCAUGUACAGAAUAAUGCUGAACAACUGGGGGCAUUUGCAGCUGGAGUUAAGCAGAUGUUGGAAGAUGUACAAGAGCGGCUCGUCUACCGAACCCAUAUCUACAUUCAGACAGACAUUAUUGGCUACAAGCCAGCUCCCGGAGAUCUGGCAUAUCCUGACAAGCUAGUAAUGAUGGAGCAAAUUGCACAGAGUUUAAAAGAUGAACAGAAGAAGGUACCUUCAGACGCAUCAUUUUCAGAUGUUCGCUUAGAAGAAACAGAGUCUAAUAAUCUGACAAAAUCUGGUUCAAUAGAACCUCUCAAUCCUAGACCGCAGACCACAAUUUCUCCAGCAGAUCUUCAUGGAAUGUGGUAUCCUACAGUUCGGCGAACUCUUGUCUGUCUCUCCAAAUUGUACAGAUGCAUAGAUAGGGCAGUGUUCCAAGGAUUAUCACAGGAAGCGUUGUCUGCCUGCAUUCAGUCGUUACUUGGAGCAUCAGAAUCCAUCAGCAAAAACAAGACUCAGAUUGAUGGACAACUUUUCUUAAUAAAGCAUCUUUUGAUUCUUCGUGAACAAAUUGCUCCAUUUCACACUGAAUUCACCAUUAAGGAAAUUUCCCUGGACCUCAAGAAAACUAGAGAUGCAGCAUUUAAAAUCCUGAACCCUAUGACUGUUCCAAGAUUUUUUAGGCUGAAUAGCAACAAUGCCUUGAUAGAGUUCUUGUUGGAGGGUACUCCUGAGAUAAGAGAACACUAUCUUGACUCUAAAAAAGAUGUAGACCGUCACCUGAAAUCAGCCUGUGAGCAGUUUAUUCAGCAUCAGACCAAGCAAUUUGUAGAGCAGCUGGAGGAGUUCAUGACAAAGGUUUCAGCAUUAAAAACAAUGGCCAGUCAUGGAGGACCCAAGUACACUCUCUCACAGCAGCCGUGGGCACAACCAGCAAAGGUCAGUGACCUCGUGGCAAGUGUCUACAAGACAAUAAAAGCUAAGCUGCCUCUGACCUUGAGAAGUAUGUCACUGUACCUAUCCAAUAAAGAUACUGAGUUCAUCUUGUUUAAACCUGUUCGGAAUAAUGUUCAGCAAGUCUUCCAGAAGCUCCAUGUUUUGUUGAAGGAAGAGUUCAGUCCUGAAGAUAUCCACAUCAUUGCUUGUCCUACUAUGGAACAGCUGAACCUCUUACUGUCAGUGUCUAAAUAACCAGGCUGUGGCUGUGCUGCGAAUGUCUGUCCGGGAGGAGCGGCUGGAAAGUCACGGGCCUGCAGGGACUUGAGGAGUGUCCCGAGAACCACACGAGCGAGCUACUUACUCAUUGCUGACUGCGAAUGAAAUACAAGCAGAAUGUUAAAAAUGGGUGUUUCCCUUUUAAUCUAUGGUAAUUGCCUCCUUUACAUGGGCUCAAGAAAUGUAAGUUUAUAAGAGGUGGCUGGUGGGCAGGGCACGCAGUGGGGUGGUUCUAGCUGAGAUGUGCAGUGAGCAGUCUGCAGUGGAGUGCAGAGGCCUUGAUGGGAACGCUGCUAGUUAGAGAGCUUCUAAGAGUAAGUUGUUCAAGUGUGAAACAGGCAACACUUUGACCACUGAGCAUUCCACAGUGACUAUUUUUUUUUUACUUCCAGAAAUGUUAUUUCUACAUUCAAUGUAAUGUUUCCCCUAUCACUUUGGAGUUUUAGUUUGGAGUGGAUUGGAUACUUCUGAGAACACAUUCUGCUUUCCUGGGAAUUCAAGGGGUUAUCUUCCUGUGUUUUUAAAAAAGU